AUGACGAAUACUACAGACGAAGGACGGGGAAUUGGGAACGAAGAACCAAUUACAGCGAGUGAAGGAAAUAUGACGAUUUCAGAGCUUAUGCAAAAAUUAAUAAUUGAAAGAAAGAGAGAAGAAGAGGAGCGUGCGAAUUUAAUCCGUCAAAAUGAUGGUUUACGAGAAGAGAAUCUUAGAUUACAAAAACAAAGGUCAAGGAUUGCUACACGCUCAAGGUCAAGAUCCAGUAGGAGUUCUUCUCGACAGAGCCAAUCUAACCGAAGAAAUGAUAGGCGAAGGCAACAUAUGGAAGUCAUUGAAGAAAACUCGCAAGAAGAUGAAAAUUUGGAAGAUCAAAGGGAAAGGAGACGUGUAAUUAACUUAGAAACUAAUCGAUAUGAACACCCACGCGAACUUCUUCGUCGUGCAAAUAUUAAUUGUGAAAGGGAAGAAGAGGAUCCAAGGCAAGGACAAAUGAUAUUACAUGGUAGAGAAAUGUUGAGAGACGAAUAUGAGCGCGAACGAGAGAUUGCACGUGCGAGAGGUAGACAGAGAAGAAAGGAAGAAUUAGAAGAAAAAGAGUUACAAAGCAUAUUGCGUCAUAUUGAUAAUCGAGUAAGGGAACGCGAGCGUCAUCGCAUAAAUGAUAUAGAUCAAGGUAGAAUUACUCCACAAGAAAGAGAAAUAUCAAGACAUCGAUAUGAUCGCACAUGCAAUGAAGAAAGACUUUAUAGAGUACAAAUUGAAGCAAAUACUGAAAGGCAUAGGCGAAGAAGAGAGGAAACUGAACAACAGGAGAUACAAGAGGCAAUACGCCAAAACAAUCAUGGGAAUAGAUUGAGACAAGCAAGAUUAAAAAGAUCCAUGCGAGAGGAUUUGGAUCAAUCAUUAAGCGAAGAAAUUCUUAAGGAGAUGGCAGAAUUAAGAGAAAUGAUGACUACAAAGAGAAAUGAUGGAAGAAGACAACUAUAG